AUGGCUUCUCUAUUCCCAAAGCCACCAAAGUCACCAAAGCCACCAACAGAUAAAGCUCUACGGCGAUGGGUGAGCACGGACAGCCUCCACUCCUCCCGCUAUGCUUGGCCCUUCCUGGCAAAGCCCAGAUCCACCAGCAAUCUCCAUGCCAUACAGACGUUGAAGUUGGUAGAUAAGCCGACAGCAGUAGACGCAGCCACGGGGGAACACGCAGCCACGCCGCCACCAACACCCACACGCCGCACACCUCACAAAAAGUUCAUUCGCCCCAGCCAGCCAUUCUACCACCGCGUCAACGAGUACGUAGGGCGGUUUAAAGGGCUAGUCAAGCUGGAGCAGCAAGCGAGUGAGCACAAAUUCAAUAACAGGAUGCAUGAGUGGCCACUUGACAAACUGAAGCAAGAGGGCUAUGUCAUUACUGACUUGAGUGCUUGCCACGCCAGGAGGAAGUGGGGGAAACCCAGUGCCAUUUUUCAGCUCAAUCCGGGUCAUUUGCUGCCCUCUCACAGAUUCAGGAAGGGUGAGACUGUCACGUUGAGCGAGUUAAGUGAGUUGAGUGAGGUGGAUGCAAAUGCAAAUGCAAAUGCCUCCGAUGUCCCCCGAAAAUGGUCAGGAACCGUCGAUUCAGUCUCGCCCACACACAUACAGCUCCUGUUUGACAGACGCGUCCCUAUCACUGCCGAUGCCAGGUACAGAAUCGAUAUGGCACUCGCAGAUGUCCUCUACAAACGCUCUUUGGAGGCGCUCGAAUCGCUCUGUCUCGAUCCAGUAGAGCAGGCCAAGGUGUCUGAUAGUGCGCUUAAAGGGACGCAUCUGUGUGAUGUUAUCCUGAAUACUGGCAAUUCUGCCAACACCACCAACACAAACUAUCAAGGUAUUUUCGCGAAUGACUGCUGGAUGCGAAGCUGGGCAUUACGUUACUCGCGUGCAGAUCCACUCGCUAUAGAGGGAGAUCCCGAGCUAUCACUGAAUGCGCGGCAGAUCCAAGCGGUAGCGCUAAUGAUUGGCAACCGGGCCUCACUCAUACAAGGACCACCAGGGACGGGCAAGACGGCGACUAUCUCGCACAGCAUCGCUCUGAUGAAGCAGCACUUUCAUAUCCCCCACCCCAUCCUCAUCGCCGCAUACACCAACGUCGCCACCGACAACAUUGCGUCUAUCCUAUCUGCGGCGGGGAUGAAAAUAACCCGUCUGGGGCAUGUCAGCAGAGUAGCGCCUGAGCUUCAUACCCACACUCUCGCAGCACAAGUCGAGGCUCAUCCGCGCUACACGCAUGUCAAACACGCGCGAUAUAGGAGCGAAGGGCUAUUCAGACGUGCAGCUUCGACGAAUUCGACGGCUAAUGCCACUUCUAGUCUGAUGAAAGAACAGCUCUAUGAAGAAGCGCGCCAACAGAGACGAACCGCAGGGCGGAUAGUACGGGAGAUGCAACAAGACAUAAUCCGCAAUGCGGAUGUAGUGUGUGCGACGUGCAUAGGUGGAAAUGCGCGGGAGCUAUCAAGUGUAGAUUUCCCAAUAGUGUUUAUAGACGAGGCGAGCCAGGCUACUGAGCCCACCACGCUAAUCCCGCUCAUGAAGGGGUGUUCGCACAUGUCGAUAAUAGGGGACCAUAAACAGCUAGCGCCAAUUAUCACAUCUGAGGAGGCUUCCAGACAGGGUUUGUCUGUUUCGUUGUUCGAGCGCCUCAUUGAGACUAGUAGCGUGCCUUCAGUGAUGCUCGACGUGCAGUACCGCAUGCACCCCGAUCUCAGCUCUAUUCCCAACACCAUUUUCUACGACAGUCAGCUGGUGGAUGGAUGCAUGCGAAGGAGUGUGGAUGCUAGCAAUGGUGGCAGUAGUGGCCACCUACUCCCCGCAUACAAACCCCCGCGUUCCGCAUACCUGCGCGACGGGGCAGCGCUUGCUUUUGUGAACCACGAGCACACGGAGACGCGCGACGGGGAGUCAACGCUUAACGAGGGGGAGGCAGGUGUGAUAAUGGGGCUAGUUACCGAUUUAUUCAAACAGAAUAUGGAUAUACGCGGGUGCGAUAUAGGUAUCGUUAGCCCGUAUGUCGCGCAGACACUCGAGUUGCUGCAUCUGCUCAACCGCGACGCGCACUGGCGGCGACAGUUCGAGGGCGUACUCGGGGCACAGCGCUUGCACGAGCUCGCUGACAUCGAGGUUAAGACGGUCGAUGGGUUUGAGGGGCGCGAGAAGCAGGUGAUUAUACUCUCGUUAACACGCUCUAAUGAGCGCGGGUUUAUUGGGUUCUUGGACGACCCUCGUCGCGCUAAUGUCGGCCUCACUCGGGCGAAACGCUGCCUCAUGGUCGCGGGGAAUGCAAGCACUCUGGUGAAAGGUGUCGUCGGUGCUGGCAGAGAAAGCGCGCUGUGGAGAGACCUGAUUGGGCUAUGCCGGAGCAAAGGGGCGUAUGUGGAGUAUGACGAGUGUAGAGUAUAG